AUGGCGCUGGACCCCAUGGAGCUGCGCAUCGUGCAGAACUGCGGCACCGACAAGGAGAGGCGCUACGCCCGCCGCAUCGAGCCCAUCCGCCGCAAGGGGAACUACCUGCUGUGCUCCCUGCUGCUGGGGAACGUGCUGGUCAACACCACCCUCACCAUCCUGCUGGACGAUCUCAUCGGCUCCGGCAUCGGCGCCGUCGUCGCCUCCACCAUCGGCAUCGUGAUCUUCGGGGAGAUCGUGCCCCAGGCCCUGUGCUCCCGCCACGGCCUGGCCGUGGGGGCCAACACCAUCGUGGUCACCAAGUUCUUCAUGCUGCUCACCUUCCCCCUCUCCUACCCCAUCAGCAAACUCCUGGACUGCAUCCUGGGCCAGGAGAUCGGCACCGUGUACAACCGGGAGAAGCUGGUGGAGAUGCUGAAGGUGACGGAGCCCUACAACGACCUGGGCAGGGAGGAGCUGGACAUGAUCCAGGGGGCCCUGGAGCUCCGCACCAAGACGGUGGAGGACGUGAUGACCCCCCUGCCCAACUGCUACAUGAUCAACCGGGAUGCCAUCCUGGACUUCAACACCAUGUCAGAGAUCAUGGAGAGCGGCUACACCCGCAUCCCCGUCUACGAGGAGGAACGUUCCAACAUCAUGGACAUCCUCUACGUCAAGGACUUGGCUUUUGUGGACCCCGACGACUGCACCCCUCUGAAAACCAUCACCAAGUUCUACAACCACCCCAUCCACUUUGUCUUCCACGACACCAAGCUGGAUGCCAUGCUGGAGGAGUUCAAAAAGGGGAAGUCCCACCUGGCCAUCGUGCAGAAGGUGAACAACGAGGGUGAGGGAGACCCCUUCUAUGAGGUGCUGGGACUGGUGACACUGGAGGAUGUCAUAGAGGAGAUUAUCAAGUCGGAGAUCCUGGACGAGUCAGAUGCCUACACCGACAACCGCAACAAGCAGAAGAUGGACAACCAGAAGAGCAAGAGGGACUUCUCAGCCUUCAAGGACCCUGACGCUGAGCUGAAGGUGAAGGUCUCCCCACAGCUGCUGCUGGCUGCUCAUCGCUUCCUCUCCACCGAGGUGACACUCUUCACCCCCAACUACAUGUCAGAGAAGGUCCUGCUGCGGCUCCUCAAAUAUUCUGACGUCAUCCACGAGCUGAAGUUUAAUGAGCAGAAUAAGAAAUGUUCCGAGCACUUCCUCUACUCCAAGAACAAGGCAGCUGACUACUUCAUCCUCAUCCUGCAGGGCAAGGUGGAGGUGGAGGCUGGCAAGGAGUGCAUGAAGUUUGAAGCAGGAGCCUUCUCCUACUAUGGGGUGAUGGCCCUUGGCUCCCCUUCUGGGUCUGGUGAGUGCCCCUCAAGCCCCUCACCCUGGCUUAGAGCCACCAGUGGAGAUGCUGGAGGCUCCAGGCCCCCAAAGGUCUCCUCACCCAGCAGCAGCAGCAACAACCAGCUCAGCACCGGCACUGGUGCCCAGUACGUGGCCGACUUCAGUGUCCGGGCCCUCAGCGACCUCCAGUUCGUCAAGAUCCCCCGGCACGAAUACCAGAAGGGACUCGCCGCCUCCCGCGUGGAGAGGUGUCCCCAGUCCCCAGACAGCAACUCCCCAAAACCAGACACCCUUUUACCGGACAAACCGGACCCUUUGGCUCCCGCUGACGAAACCACCAGUCUCCUGAGCGAGAGGAACUGCCUGAGCCGCCGGAGCAACCACAGCUCCCUGGAAAACUCCAUCUGA